AUGUUUGUGCCCUUCGAUAAUUCAGAGCCUUCCAUUUUAAAAGUUCUUCAAUAUUUUUUCAUCACCCUUCUAGCUAUUCGUUGUAAUAAAACGGAGAUGCUUGCAAUGGUUCCAAAACGCGCAAGUCUAGCAGGCGCUCGCAGCACGCUGACUGAAGCCCAAUUUGGCCUGUCAGAGCAGAAUAUGUUCAAUCAAUUUGGCAAUGUUGUAACAAUUAUGUGUCAAGGAGCCUUUUUCUACCCCGAUCAUUCAUACGAGAAGUUCAUUGCGUGCGGAUUGAAGUCUAGUAGUGAAACGGAAGGAGAAUGGACUGGGUAUGGAGGAACAUCCUUACCACUGCCAUUGGAAUGCGAACCCGUGACAUGUCCAUAUGAAGAGGCUUUCUUGAAAGCCCAAUACAACAUCGAGAAAGAAUUUCAAAUCAAAUAUGAAAACGGAAGUACUAUGCAUUUGACCAGUCUGAAAGCAACGCCGUAUCCCUACAAAACUAAAAUUACUUACACUUGCAGCGAAGGUUAUGAAACUGUUACCAAAACGCAACAACUGAUCCUUAUUUGCGAAAAAUUUGGAAAGUGGGUGCCUCAAUUGAAUCCAUGCUUAGAGAAAGAAAAGGUCAUGAGCAUAACUUCAUCAGGCCGAUACGUUCCACCAUCGGUUGAAGCGCUAUCAGCAACUAAAAUUGGUAUUACUGUGAUUGUUAUAAUUUUCAUCUUUCUUACUUCCAUUGUUCUUCUUGAUUUGGCAACUCUAAGAAGAGAUAUUGGCUGGAUGUUCACCAAUAUUCGUUUGCAGAAACGUCUGUGGCAAGCCAAGAAGCGUGUUCGUGAAGCAAAGAGGAAGCGUGUUAAGAACCAAUAA